AAUUAUCUGCUAUCAACAUCUUGCUCUUAUUCUACUAAAAACAACGCGAUGUGUGUCAUGUGUUUCAUUUUACGUAUUAUUAAAGAAAUGAAAUAAAAACAUGUUGUCAUGGCUUUCCACAGAAGUGCAAAUUGUAUAUUUUUCCCUGGACUUCUGGCCAUCGCGGUUUUUUCGUUACCAUUGAUAUCGACCGAGAAUAUUGAUUGCAAAGGAAAAGCGUUUCAUUGUGUGAAUUCAACACAUUUUAAGAUAUGCGUUGAUUUGGGUGGAGGCGUGUCAAGGACAGUAGACGAGUUUCUUAUACCCUGUCCAAUAAGUACUGCGUGCAACGAUAUUAAUAAAUUUGAAUGUGAAUAUCAAGUGACGACAACUCUUCCUUCUAUACGGCAGAACGAUAUAACGAGCGUGCUGGUAGAAUCGGGCACAGCAUCGGCUUGGGACAAUGCUGAUGUUACUACAUUUGUCCCUGAGAAUGAUAAAAGUAUUUCAAGUGCUACAACAAUUGAUACAAGUUAUCUAUUUAUCAUCAACAACACUUCCAAUUUUAUUCCAUCCUCAACAUUGGGUGACACAUUAAAGCAAGGGGAUUCAAGGAGUGAAAAUAACGUUAAACAUAAUAAAACAAUUGAAGUAAGCGAUGAAUAUCGAGUAACGACCGCUCUUCCUUCUAAACAGCAGAGUGAUGUGACGAGCGUUCGGACGAAAUUGGGCAUAACAUCAGCUUGGGAUGUUGAUGUUACUACAUUUGCCCCUGACAACAAUACCAAUGAUUCAAGUGCGACUACGAUUGAAACAAGUUAUUUAAUUAUCACCAACGACACUUCUAAUUUUAUUCCCUUAACAACGUUGGAUGACACACUUAAUCAAGUGGAUUCAAGCAGUGCAAAUAAUGUUAAAUAUAAUAAAACAUUUGAAGUAAGCGAUGAAUAUCGAGUAACGACCGCUCUUCCUUCUAAACAGCAGAGUGAUGUGACGAGCGUUCGGACGAAAUUGGGCAUAACAUCAGCUUGGGAUGUUGAUGUUACUACAUUUGCCCCUGACAACAAUACCAAUGAUUCAAGUGCGACUACGAUUGAAACAAGUUAUUUAAUUAUCACCAACGACACUUCUAAUUUUAUUCCCUUAACAACGUUGGAUGACACACUUAAUCAAGUGGAUUCAAGCAGUGCAAAUAAUGUUAAAUAUAAUAAAACAUUUGAAGUAAGCGAUGAAUAUCGAGUAAUGACCGCUCUUCCUUCUAUACAGCAGAGUGAUGUAACGAGCGCUCAGGCAAAGUUGGGCACAACAUCAGCUUGGGAUGUUGAUGUUGCUACAUUUGCCCCUGACAACAAUACCAAUGAUUCAAGUGCGACUACGAUUGAAACAAGUUAUUUAACCAACGACACUUCUAAUUUUAUUCCAUCAACAACGUUGGAUGACACGUUUAAUCAAGUGGAUUCAAGCAGUGUCAACAACGUUGAAUAUAAUAAAACUAGUUAUGUAAGUGACAGUGCUACAGUGACAAAUAUUGAUGACGUUUCCACUGUGAAUGCUAAGGUAACGUUGAAUGAUAUUAUAUUAAAUUCUACGUUAAAUAAAAGUGUGCUGCUUAUAAGUGGUGAGUUAUCUUUACCUAAAACUAUUCAAGGUGAAACAGAAAUAAAUAUUGAUGUACUUGAACUAAAUAACACAAGCUUAUAUGUUAAUAACAAUGAAAAAGAAAUCGCGGACGAUGUAGGAACUUUAUCAUCUCCUUUGGGUAAAAUUAUUGAAAAUCCAAUUAUAUAUUCUACUGAAACCACAAGUUUUUUAAGUGAUUACAAUACCUCAACUACACCUGUGAGUGUUUCAAGCAAUUUAAAUAUUUCAAAUGUCGUUAAUGAUACUUCAACGAAUUUAUUAAAACCUACCAUUACCACUGAUACCACCGACACCACAGAUACUGAUACCACUUUAUAUACAGUAGAUAUAGAACAUCCAAUUAAUUCAAAAGGAGAACAAAUCUUGACAACUUUAAUCAGCUAUAAACCUCUUACAACAGUCGCUAGUGAGCCUUUCACUAACAUGAAACUAAAUGUUAGAAAUACUAUAAGCUAUAAUGAUGGGAAAAAAGAUGAUACUAUGCACGUAAUUAGUCAAAUAUAUUCUAGCCCAGAAAAUAUGUCCCGUAAGGCAUCGACAAAUAAUGUCGUUAAUGGUUGGAAAGGUUUUAGUAGAAAUAUAGAUGAACAAAAUAAGCUUAACAAAACCGAAACUUUAUUUACAUUAGUUUCGUCAAACACCGAAUUACCUUCUACCAAGUCUGUAGAAAGUAGUACUUCGCCUUACACGUAUGACAAUAUAAACAAUGAUUUAACUAAGAAUGAUUGGCAAAAUUCUGAAAAUGCAGUAACAAGCUCAAUAUAUACAACCGAUUUAUAUUCAGUAAGUGAAUUCCAAAAUCAUUCAGCAAAUAUGCAUGUGUUACCAACAUCAGAUGAUCAAACAAUUAAAAAUAAAUAUGAUGUAAUAGAUGUUCUUAAUGUAACUGAGUCUCAUCUUGUUACGCCCGUUGCUAAUAUAAUAACAGAAGUAUUACAUAACGCACCAAUCGCUAUUAACGAGUCAUUGACACAGUAUAUUUUGGAAUCUAAUACUCUUUCAGACAUUGAAAUUUCAAAAAUAACAGAAGCAGAUAUAAAAGCUUCUAAUCUUAAGGUUAUAAAUAAUGACAGCAAUUUUUCUAUGUUUACUGAUAUAUCUCCAACAAAAGAUUUAAUAGAUAUGUCUUUUAAAAACUUACCUGACAUUAAUGUAACUAAUAAUACCAUGUAUAAUGACGUAAACGUUAGCCUAACUCCAGACGAUAAGCUACCAAUAAUUAUCAACAAUACUAAUGCAGGACAUGUAAGUAAUGCAAAUUUUAUUAAUAAUGACACAUUUGUUGUUGAAAAUACGUCUACAGUUACUUCUUUCAUAACUGACCCAACUCUAACAGUAUCAGAUACAGCUUUUACCUUAGUAACAAAUACACCUCUGAUUCAAACUAAUCAGUUAAAUAUUAAUUUUAGUUCCACUUCUAAGAUAACUAGUCAAUAUACUUCAAAUCCCGAAUAUUUUCAACCAACUACAACUGCAUAUCCUAAUGUAUAUUUUACGAAAAUCACAAAUAUGGAAAAACCACCUUCAUCUGAUGUUAAUCUAGAUAUAAAUAACAGAAUAAUUACUGACAAUAAGACUAUAACAAUUGAAGACUUUGGUAAAGAUAGUAGAGAUUACUUAACUUCUAACCUAAGUUUAUCUCGAAUGCAUGAUAAUAUAAGCUCGUCAUUACUAGAUACUACAACUGUUAAUCCAAAUCAAGACAUAGAGGCGCAUGUAAAUGAGAGAUUGAAUAGUUUGUAUUUUGAUAAUAAGAACAGCACAUCGGAAAGUACUACCAACGCAGAAAAAACGUAUAUAUUAAUAAGUUCCCCAAAUACGACUUACAGCCAAUUAAAUUUACGUUCUUCAGAAUUAACUACUUCAACGGAUACAAUAUCCGUUCAUCCGUUUGAAAUACAAUUUAAUAAUUUAAAUAACUCAUUCGUGAAUGAAAGUAAUUUGGGUGUGCCAGAUGUCCCAAAUAAUAACGAUAUCAUUAAUACAAUCAACGAACAAGUUCAAUCCAGUGUAGAUCAAACUGUGGUAGAAAAUAGUUUAAAUAUCACACAGAAAAAAGAGGAAUACAAAACUUUCAAUUUACCUUUAAGUGAUGCCAAUUUUACUUUAAAUAAUAAUUUGAUUAAUAUUGAUGAAGUAAUUGAAACCACUUUACCAAUACAAAAGCUCAUACUACUAGCAAUACAUGAAAAUAAAACAGAUGACGUGAAUACAAAAACCAGUGAACUUAUAAGUACAACUAAAGCUGUAACAAUCACGGAUAGUUCCAAUUUAUUCCUAACCAGUUAUGAAGAUCUUAGGGAAACAUAUGAUUCUGUCACUCCACAUGUUUUAGACACAACGAAUCCAUACAUUUACAAAAAAGACUUACCAAUAGCUGAACCAUCUAUAAAUACAACUGAUCAGCAGAAUUAUAUAAAUUCAAAGAUUUUUGUAAAUAUUGAAAAUGUAGACAGUGGUUUACUAUCUACACCUCAUAACACAUGGGAAAAUAUGUCAAAUAUACAAGAUUUAAAAGUAAGUAACAAUGACGCAGUAGUUAUUUCAGAUGCCAUCAUUCGAUCUUCACCAAUUCUAAUGAAGAUAAAUAGUUCACAUUUUAGCAAUAGUUCUAGCGUCAAUACGACUCUAAAUUCUCCAUCAAAUCCUAUAAAUAUUGUACAGACAAAAUCUCGCGUGGUAAUGCCUCAUAAAAACGAUACUGGUAAUUCAUCAAGUACAGCAAGCAAUGUUAACAAAGAUGGGAUGCCAAAUAAUGUUACAUUGACACAUAGUACUGAUAAAAUUAAAAGUGUGUUAAUAAGUACUGAGAUAUCUAGUAAUUCUAAAAACCUGUCAGUCUCAGAAACUGAACCAACUUCCAAUUUUGAGUUAUCUCAAAACUCAAACCAAUUAAACAAUGAUAGUACAUUACAAUAUAAUAAAAACAAAAAUAAUGUUAAUAUUGUAACAAUCUUAGGGAAAACGAACAACAACACCCGACUAUUGAAACUAAAUGAAAACGAAAUCAAUGAAACGUUAAAUGUGUUACAAGAAGACUCGAAUCUGCAUACAGCAACGACACCGAAUCUCGUUGGAACUACACCGACACCAAAGAGUGUAGUAAAGUGUUUGACAGUCAAUUUGACUAACUAUGACCUUCAUCUCGGUAACCAGACACCACCUUCAGAACAAUUUACAUGCAUAGAUCGUAAUCGUGGCAAAUAUUCUGACAAAAGUAAUUGUAAUAAAUUUUACAUUUGUAUAGGACGACCUCAACCGAUUAUUGGGAUGUGCCCAGAAGAUACCGUUUUCAGUGAAAUAAGAAAACAAUGUACGAACAAUCUUUCACACUGUAUAAGAAACAAUCAAUUUAGAUGUUUAUCUUCAGGAAGAUUUCUUGACAUUUUAUCAGAACAGUUUUAUUAUAUUUGCGUUAAGAAAUUAGACGGCUACGUUAGGUUUAAAUUACAAUGUCAAAAAGGUUAUCAUUUAAAUAAAGAAAAAAUACAAUGCUUAGCUGAUACAUCAAUUGAAAAUAGUUCCAACUCCACUAGUGACAAAAGUACCAAUGAAAUGAAAUCGGAGGAUACUUCGUACUCAGUUAAUUAUGAAAUACGAUUUGAAUGUGAAAAGGAAGGCAAGUUUGAACAUCCAGAUGAUUGUAGAAAAUAUUUUGUAUGCAGAAAAAAUUCCAAGUCGAAAUUCCGUCGUAAAAUUAAAAAGUGCAGUUCAGACGAAGUUUUUAACAAGGAAAAAAGGAAAUGUGUUGAUGCCGAUAGCUACGAGUGUUAAGUUUUAUCAGCCAAGACAAGACAAAUGAAAUAUUAAUAACACAAAAAAUAAAAAGUACUAAUCUUUAAUCUAAAUGAUAUAAAAAUAAGAAAAUACCUUUUGCUUGUAAACAUUUAUUUCAGUCUUACGCAUUUUGAAUAUACAUUUAAAUUCUAUUGUUUCUGAUCGGCCGGAUGCUGCCGGGGCAUCC